ACAUGUGACGGCUGUCUUUGACUAAGAGUGAAACCAAAACUAGGCUAUUUGAAAAAAACAAAAACGAGCCUAUUUAAUCGCCGUAGCCGAGAGAAAGAAGCAGAAACACCCAAGACGUCUCUACUUCUGCUGCAAGAAACUCUCGAUAGAUAUCCAACAUGGGGUACGGAGACAUCAUGAGGGUAGAAACAUCUGGAGCGUCCAACAAGACCGCCGGAGCUGACGGGCUGACAGGUGGUGUACAGGCAUCGCGAAAAAUGGCCAACCAUGAUUUGGCUUGUAUGAGAACAUAUAAGACCAUCAUUGGGAACGUGGGGCGCAGACGUAAUGUGGACCCAGCUCUCAUCGCUGCCAUCAUCUCCAGAGAAACCCGGGGUGGUGCCGCCAUCUCCGGCACCAAUGGUUGGGGGGACAAUGGUAAUGGCUUUGGACUGAUGCAGGUUGAUAAGAAUUGGCACCAACCAAGAGGAGCCUGGAACAGUGAGACGCACCUGGACCAAGCCACUGAGAUCCUGGUUGAUAUGAUUAGCGUUGUCCGGGGGAAGUCCCCCGGUUGGAGCCCGGAACAGCACCUGAAGGGAGCGAUCGCGGCCUACAACAUGGGAGAACGUGUCCUAGAAUAUGCCGAUGUGGACCAUCUUACCACAGGCAACGACUACUCCUCUGAUGUCGUUGCCAGAGCCCAGUUUUACAAACGAAACGGGUUUUAGAGAAAUCCCACUUGAGCAGCCCAAAAGUUCUGUAUCAAAUAAAUGAUUAUAAUCAUG